CUAAAACACAUUCAGACAAACACCGCGCGCACAGUCUGCGUGCGCGCAUUGCCCAAAACGCUUGCGAACGCCUCCAGCAAACUACUAAAGCAUGACGUCGUCCCGUCGCUGCGCUGCAACUUCUUGAAGGCCUCGGGCCCGCAUUGAUUCAAUUAGAUAUAGGACAGAUGCCAAGUUCUCUUGCGGGAGCAAAGGGCCGGUCUGGCGGGGCCGGAGACAAGUCGCUCGACGCCCUAGACCGCGAGACCGGCACGCUGAAAGCAGCAAUUAUGCCGGGCGACCGCCAGCAUAGCUCAGUUGGGCCUCCCGUGCCCGCCUCGACAUCUGUUUCAGCGCCCACUGAGCAUCUCAAGGAGGCUUACAACACGCUGGUGCUGCUUGUAUCAUGCGCAGCAAUUUGGAUGGUUUGUUCCUACAUUGACGCAACCUACACACCGCGCGACUUCAACUACAUUCCGUCUCGGUCGCUUAUUAUCUCCUACCAGUGGUGCAUGGUCGGCUACGCAUCGAACCUGAUUCUCACUCUCAUGAAGGUCAUUUUCGAGACGAACCGCUCCAAGCUCAAGCUGCACAUGGUAUCGUGCUACAUCAACAUCCUGGCCGCCACCAGCUACUGCAUGCUGUGGACCGGCUUCUCGCCCAUCGUCCCCGACGUGCAAUCGUGCCUCUACAUCCCGCAGCGGUGGCUGCUGUACUGCUUCACGGCCCCCGCCAUCAUCUACAUCCUGUGCCAGAUCAGCGACUACACCACUCGCAUGCGCGUCUGGGUCAUUAUGCUCAACGUGUUCAUGCUGGCUGCGGGCGGGCUGGGCACGGUGCCCUGGAUCUCAUGGACACACAAGGUGUACUGGUACGUCAUGAGCUGCGUCCCCUUCCCCUCCAUCCUGGUGCACAUGUGGCGCAUGGUGUCGUCGGCUGUGGAUGAGACCAUGGACCCCACCUCCAAGAGAGCCAUAAAGUUCAUACGCCUCUUCUCCAUCACCACGUGGAACCUGUUCCCCUUCGUGUACUUCGCUGCCAUCGACGGCGCACUCAGCCUGGAGAUCAGCGAGCCGCUGUGGGCGGCGCUGGACUGGCUGACCAAGAUGGUGUACAGCUCCAGUCUGAUGGAGGCCAACUUCUUCACCAUCGCUCAACGGCGCGAGUUCGCCGUGCGCGCCAUUGAGGAAGCCAACCGCCUCGCCACCAUACAGCAGCUGUCCACGGCCAUCGAGCGCAAGGACGACUUCUUGUCCGUUCGCAAGGGCGUGCGCCUGGUGAACAACGUGGGCAACGUGCCCAAGAUCGUGGGCGACAACGGCCGCAUCGUGCAGAUCCUGUACAACCUGGUUGGCAACGCCGCCAAGUUCACUCGCCAGGGCAUCAUCUCCAUCACCGCGGGCGUCAGCGAGGACAACGCCAAGGUGUACGUGUCGGUGACAGACACAGGCGUGGGAAUACCCAAGGAGAAGAUAUCCAAGAUCUUCGGCGCCUUCGAGCAGGCCGACAUGAGCACCACUCGGCGCUACGGCGGCACUGGGCUGGGCCUUCACCUGGUCAAGGAGCUGGUGAAGGCGCACUGCGGCGACAUCACCGUGGAGAGCGAGGUGGGCGUGGGCAGCAGCUUCACCGUGUGGCUGCCCAUCGCGCAGGACGGCGCGAUGGCGGGCAGUGUGGAGGAGAGCGACCGCGAGGGCCGGGAGGAGAAGCCCUACACGCUGGACUUCAACGGCCCACUGCGCCGCAUCAGCGAGGACUCCGAAGAGGGCGGCUACCUGCAGGCCGCCGCAGCAGCAGCCGCAGCAGGCGGCGGCGGCGGCGGCGGCCGCAGCGGCGGCGGCGGCGGCGGCGGCACCAACCGCCGGAGCAGCCAGGAAAACCGUAAUAACGGCGGCGGAGGAAGAGCAGGAGGAGGAGGAGGCGGUGGUGGUAGGGGAGGGGAGAGGGGCCAUGCAGAAAGCGACGGGGAGCAGGACGGGCCGGGAGGGGGCGGCGGCGGCGGUGGCGGCGGCGGCGCGGGAGGGGAGGAGCAGGAGGGUGAUGAGGGCACGCCUCGUGGCGGCCGAGGUGGCGGCGGCGGCGGACGGGGCGGCCGUGGCGGCGGCGGUGGCGGCGGCGCGUCUAACCAAUCGAACCAUUUCGGAUUCUACAGCAACGGUGAUAGCGGCGCAAGCGGCGGCCCCGGCGGUGGUGGCGGCGGCGGAGGCCGCGGCGGAGGCGGCGGCGGCGGGCAGGGCGACAGCGGACCUCAGGGUGACAGUGGCGGUGGCGGCGGCGGCGGCGGUGGCGGCGGCGGUGGCAAUGGUGGCGGCGCUGGUGGCGGCGGCAGCGGUGGCCGCGGUCUGGGCAAGGGUCCCUCGGGCCGCGGACGUGAGAGCAGUGCUGAGAACCUGUUGACUGUGACCAAGAGCGGCUUCAAAGUUAUGAAGCCUUUCUACAGGGAGAAGUUCGGCGGCUGUAUGGUGCUGUCUGUGGACGACGACCCCAUCAAUCAGAUGGUGGUGGAGAACCUGCUGUCGCCCGAGGGGUACAAGGUGGAGCAGGCCAUGUCGGGCUCUGAGGCUCUGGACUUCCUCAAGCGCACCACCACCCUGCCCGACGUCAUCCUGCUGGACAUUAUGAUGCCGGACAUGAGCGGAUACGAGGUGUGUCAGGAGAUCCGCCGCCGCUACUCCGCCGUGUCCAUCCCCAUCAUCAUGGUGUCGGCCAAGGGACACCCCGAGCACGUGAUGAAGGGCCUCGAGGCCGGCAGUGUGGACUACGUGAAGAAGCCCUUCCACCGCCAAGAGCUGCUCAGCCGCAUCCGGGCACAGGUCCGCAACCGCGAGAUCUUUGAGGCGGAGAUGGAGUCGCGCAAGGUUACUGAGAUGCUGAAGCGCAUUCUGCCGCUGUCGGUCAUCCAGCGACUGCAGCAGGGGCAGUCCAUGAUCGCGGACGCGCACGACGAGGUCACGGUGCUGUUCGCGGGGCAGUUCAUGAUCGCGGACGCGCACGACGAGGUCACGGUGCUGUUCGCGGGGCAGUUCAUGAUCGCGGACGCGCACGACGAGGUCACGGUGCUAUUCGCGGGGCAGUCCAUGAUUGCGGACGGUGAGGUCACGGUGCUGUUCGCGGACGUGGCGGGCUGGCUGAGCUCGCAGGAGCUGUCGGCGCGCACCACGUCCGACGUGGUCAUCGUACUGAACGAGAUGUACGGCGCCUUCGAGAAGCUGCUGCUCAAGUACCAGGUGUUCAGGGUGGAGCACACCGGAGAGUCGUACCUGGUGGUGUCCGGCCACGACGGCACACAGGACCACAUGCGGCGUAUGCUGAGCAUGGCAGCCGACAUGCUGAGCGCCGUGCAGCAGCUGGCGUUCCCUGGUGGCGAGCCGCUGCGCCUGCGUGUGGGCCUGCACACCGGUCCCGCGUACGCGGGCGUGGUGGGCAUUGACAACCCCCGGUACUGCGUGUUCGGCGACACGGUGUCUGUGGCCAACGCUCUGGAGGCGCGCGGCUUUGCCAACGCCGUACACUGCUCCAACGCCGUGUACGAGGCUAUGAGGAGCAAGGACCGCGACCGGGCCGGCGCCAUGUUCGCCCCCGCGCGCAAGUCCAUGGCCGCUGGGCCGUCCGUCAUGGACACCUUCGUGUACAAGGUGGGCAACUGGGAAUCGGCUCUGAAGGAGCUGGAGGAGGAGGAGCAGCAGAAGGAGGCCGCGGAUCGUGAGGCUAGGGAGAAGGAUGACGCCGCGCGGGCGGCGGAGGCGGAGGCGGCGGCCGCGGCGGCGGCGGCGGCGGCCGCGGCGGCGGCGGUGGCGGAGGCGGCGUCCCGGGAGAGGGAGGAGCUGGCGGCGGCGUGCGCGCGCGCGGAGGAACUGGAGCGCAAGGUGAACACGCUGGCCGCGGAGAAGGAGGCGGCGGAGGCGGCCGCCGCGGCGGCGCGCGCCGCCGCCGACGCCCUGCGUGCCCGUGCCGCCGACGAGGCCGCCGAGCGCGGCCGCCUGCACGCCUCCAUCGCCACCUACGAACGGCUUCUCGCCGAGGCGCGCGAGGCGGUCACACUCGCCGCCGCGCGGGCCGGCAGUGCGGGGGGUGCCGGUGGGGGUGGUGCCGGCGGCCUGGCGGCCGCAGCGGCGGCGGGCGCCGCCGCCGCGGCGCAGCGCCGCGGCUCUCCAGCCGGUAUCCAGCACCACCACCAUCAGCAACUGCAGCUGCAGCUGCCGCCAAAUCUGGCUGGCAGCCCCUCCUCCAUGUUGCCGCCCGGGCACCACCACGGCCCCCAACACGCCCACCAACACGCCGGCCUCGGCGCGGAGGACUCGGGCGGCCUCGGCCUUGGCGGACUCGGCAGCGGCCUUGGCGGCCUUGGCAGCGGCGGCGGCGGCCUUGGCAGCGGCCUUGGCGGCCUUGGCGGUGGCGGCCUGUUCAGUCCCACGGGGAGCGACGUGUUCCCGCUCUACCCCGGAGGCGGCGGCGGCGCCGGCAGUGUGGCGGGCAGUGGCGGCGGCGGCAGCGUGGCGGGUCAGGCUGUGGCUCAGAGCUUCUGGACCAUGGCCUACCCCAUCGAUAUGUUCAUGCGGGCUGCCCCGUCUCCCUCACCGCCGCCUGAUGAUGCUGGGCCUGUCAGCCCCAGGGCUGAUGGUCAGGACGGCGAUCCGGCCUUGGAGAUUCCAGGUGCUGGUGUGCAGCCGGCUGGCGCACAGGAGCUUGAAGAGCUUGGGAUCCCCCCUGCAGCAGCAGCCGCACUUCGCGACGCGUUGCAACCGCAGGAGUUCGAGUUGCCUGGAAUUCCGGAAAUUGACGAGGAGCGGCGGCUGUACGAGUCAAGGCUUCCUGGCAAGGAUGGUGCUGAGAGAAUUCCUCGCUUCGAGUCAGUCCGCAUCCCUCAGGUGCCGAUCGACCCUGACAUCCGCUCCUUCCUCCUUGAUGUGUGCGUGCGAGCACUGGCGCAGCGAGAGGCAUCACCAACCACCACCGAGUCAUCUGUCAAGGCAAUGCUGGCAUCGGUGUUCAAUGCGCUGGAUCGGCCAGGGGCUAGUGAGCGGGACCGGGAGAUUGCUAGUUACAUCCCCCGCACCUUCAAGGAGGUGCUCACACUGGUGACAGUGCUGGAGCCAGCAUGCCGUUGGCCGCAGCUGUAUCGCUACAAGAUGUGCAAGUGCGGCUUUAUAUACCGUGGCGCACAUCAGAGCGCCAGCGUCUGCCACGGAAUCGUGAAGGCGCAGGGGGGUGGGGUGGAGGCGUGUGGGAUAAGCUGCGAGCAGGCGCGCGAGGUGACGUACAGCAGCAUCGCCAACUACGUUGAGCGCGCGUAUGCCAACCCGGAGAUUGCCGCUGACCUCUCCAGCUGGCGCCAGCGUCAGGCGUUCCCGCGCAUGGUGGAGCGCAUUGCUGCCCGUGAGCGGGAGCGUGUGGCGGCGCAUCAGGCUGCCAACGCCGCAGCUGGCCGCCCAGGCGAUCCGAUCCCUCCUAAGACGCCGGAAGAGAAGGCAGAGGACGAGCGGGACAGCCAGGCAUCAACGGACUCCAUGUUUGACAUGGUUGAUGGCGAGCUGGUGAAGGAGGCUCUGCGUAAGGAUCCUGCGUUCGCCGCGGAUCCGCGCAAUCUGCUGGUGGUGUUGGUGUCGGACCCCUUCAUCGUGCCUGCGGAUGAGCACGAGCGGUCCAGUAUCCCGUACCUCCUGCUGCCAGUGAACGCGUCUCCGGAGAAUCGCCACCACCUCGGAUUCGCUACACUCCUGUCCCUGAUCGGUGGCAACGUCAAGCCUCCCGGCAGCAAGAAGCCCGACCCGCUCAACCCCAACCAUAUGAUGGCACUCAUCCGUGAUGAGCUGGCCUUCCUGGAGAAGUACGGCAUACGGGUGUGGGAUGCGAGCAAGAACGAGUUCUUCAUCUGCCGUGUCAAGUGUAUCAGCUUCAUCUCCGACUACCGAGGGCUCCACAAACAUCUGGGCAUGAAGGGCUCGCCAGCCAAGUGCGCCUGCUUCAAGUGCUGGCACGAGGGCCAUGUGGUGGGGCGCAAGGCUGUGUACCCGCACAACGCGGCGCACCUGCCAUGCCUGCAUGUGCUGCGAACCAGCCUCGUCGGGCGCCACGUCCCACCCCCCAAGAAGCCACCCAAGAAGCAGGCGGCCGCGGGUGCGGCCAAACCACAGCCAACGCGUGCGACUGCACCAGGUGAUGGGACACGUGCGGCCGCACCCGGGGCGAAACGCACGGCGGCCGCACCACCUGUGACGGGCGCGGCCGCUGGGGGGGGAAAGCGCCUGCGUGGGGCCCAGGGUGCCGCAGGUGGCCGUGCCAGCGACAGCGGCAGCAGCAGCAGCAGCGACGGCGGCAGCAGCAGUGCCAGUGAGUACAGUGAUGUUGAGGUGGAGUCCGAGGACGAGGCGAAGCGGCUGAGACGCCAGCAGCAGCAGCGGCAGCAGCAGCCACAGCAGCCGCGGCAGCAGCAGGCUGUGCGGGGACGGGGCCCUGCUGUGGACCCCAACCUUGCAACACCACCGGCCCGCCGCACCAAGGCGGAGAUGUGGUAUGCAUGUAACUCGCCCACCCCCGGUGCUUCGCUGGUGCCGGUUCCAUGGAGGAUUACACUGGAGGACCCCAUUGGCCUUGCGUUUCCCCUGUACGAGCUGGACAGCUUCGACCCCAUCGGUGGCAUCAACUACGACGGCAUGCACACCAUCUACGGCGUCAUGCGGGACACGGUGGUGCGGUAUGUGCAGUCGUUCCGCAAGCGGAGUGCGGCAAUGGAGGAGUACGACAAGAAGAACGACAUCAUCACCGUCAGUGGGCGUGGUGCCGGCAAGGUGGUGGAGAACUUCCGCGGGGCCCUAGCUGUGAUAGCAGCGAACGUUCCCCGUGCCAUUGCUGGGCGCCUGGCCCGCCUCACCACUGCGGGCAAGAAGGCCAAGUCACACUCCUUCUUCCUCCUGGCUGGUCCCUUUGGUGCGUAUGCGGUCAAGAAGGCUGGCAUGCCGCCUCGGCUAGAGGCGGCCAUGCUGUCCAUCGUGAAUGCUUGCUCUCGCCUGUGGGACAAGGUCCAGCGGCGCUCACAGCUUGGGCAGCUGCGGACGGCUGUUGUGGAGGCCAUCUGCCUGGUCGAACGCCACAUGUCAGCGACGGAACUGGACAUCAAGCUGCACAACUUGAUGCACCUGGUGGACGGCAUUGAGCAACUGGGCCCUCUGUUCACGCACUCCAUGUUCAAGCCUGAGAGCAUCUGGGGGCAGCUGGGCCGUUGGGCGCACAGCAAGCGGCACAUGGAGAUGUCCAUGUUCUUCAUGGCCCUGGACCGUGAGGUCAGCCUGCGUCUGCGGCAACUGCACCCCGCCAGUGUGGACGCCCCGCAGCGGCACAAGGAGGCUCAACGCCAGCUCUACGUGGGGGAGGAGGCGCGUGGAGGGCGUGCGGCGCCAGUGCUUCGCAUUCAGGCCCGGCAUGAUGCGGACGGGGAGGAGGAGGUGCCUGACGAGGGCGAGGCGACCAUGUGGGAUGAGGCCAAGUUCUUUGAGGCAGACCCCGUAAUCUACUGGGGCCGCUUCAGCGGCUCGCGGGACUGGUUUGACGCAGAGAGCAAGGAGGUGGAGGCCCUGUACGAGAGCGCUGGGCUGGAGCAUGCAAUGGGCAGUACUGUUCAGAGCGUGCGGAUGCUGAAGGAGAUUUACGUAGGCAGCGUCAAGCUUUCUCGGGGCUCGUGGUUCAUGUGCCGUGCGGCGAACGACCUGCCAGACUGGUGGUUUGGGCGUGUUGUUGAGGUUGUACUGCACAAGGGCGCUGACGACACGGAGCGGGCACUUGUGCGGGCCGAGUGGUUCACUGGAGCAACGAAAGAGGAGGCUGGGGCAGUGUCGGUGCCUAUUUGCGACCAGAUUCUUGCCCCGGUGGUGGCAUCGCGGCCUGCCAACAUCAUCGUUGAGACUGGUCCAUGGUACCUACCGGAAGCCAUUGUGCCAUGGCCGUGCCAUCUCGAACCGCACCCGGGCAACCCCAAUGUCCAGGUUGCGCUGGCACGGCUCUGGCACAUUCUGCGCAACCUGUUCCCUUACCCCACCGUAGCAGACGCCGUCCGGGUCAGCAGGCCUUUUCCGUAGCAGCGCAGGUCGCAAGGUGUGCUCGGCACAGCACUGCUUGCAGCAGUAGGUAGGCAGGAAGCCUGCGUGACGUGUAUAUGAGCAAAUAGGGAGCGCCGGAGUAGGUGCUGGGAGUAUGUUGUGUGCUUGCGACGCGUACAGCCCUGUGCAUGUGCAUGCCACGGCGGGCAGCGGCGGUAGCAAGUAGUUCUAAUACUGACAAGGUUAGCUAGGCAUGGCACUGCUUGCAGCAGUAGGCAAUGAGCGCAGGCGGGAAGCCUGUGUGACACAUACGUGAGCAAAUAGGGUGGGCUGGAGUAGGUGCUGGGAGUAUGUUGUGUGCUUGCGACGCGUACAGCCCUGUGCGUGUGCAUGCCACGGCGGGCAGCGGCGGUAGCAAGUAGUUCUAAUACUGACGAGGUUAGCUAGGCAUGGCACUGCUUGCAGCAGUAGGCAAUGAGCGCAUGCAGGAAGCCUGUGUGACACAUACGUGAGCAAAUAGGGCGGGCUGGAGUAGGUGCUGGGAGUAUGUUGUGUGCUUGCGACGCGUACAGCCCUGUGCGUGUGCAUGCCACGGCGGGCAGCGGCGGUAGCAAGCAGUUCUAAUACUGACGAGGUUAGCUAGGCAUGGCACUGCUUGCAGCAGUAGGCAAUGAGCGCAGGCAGGAAGCCUGUGUGACACAUACGUGAGCAAAUAGGGCGGGCUGGAGUAGGUGCUGGGAGUAUGUUGUGUGCUUGCGACGCGUACAGCCCUGUGCGUGUGCAUGCCACGGCGGGCAGCGGCGGUAGCAAGCAGUUCUAAUACUGACGAGGUUAGCUAGGCAUGGCACUGCUUGCAGCAGUAGGCAAUGAGCGCAGGCAGGAAGCCUGUGUGACACAUACGUGAGCAAAUAGGGCGGGCUGGAGUAGGUGCUGGGAGUAUGUUGUGUGCUUGCGACGCGUACAGCCCUGUUCGUGUGCAUGCCACGGCGGGCAGCGGCGGUAGCAAGCAGUUCUAAUACUGACGAGGUUAGCUAGGCAUGGCACUGCUUGCAGCAGUAGGCAAUGAGCGCAUGCAGGAAGCCUGUGUGACACAUACGUGAGCAAAUAGGGCGGGCCGGUGCUGAACGUAUGUUGUGUGCUUGCAACGCGUACAGCCCUGUGCAUGUGCAUGCCGUGGCGGGCAGCGGCAGUCGCAAGUAGUUCUAAUACUGACGAGGUUAGCUAGGCAUGGCACUGCUUGCGGCAGUAAGCAAUGAGCGCAGGCAGGAAGCCUGUGUGACACUUACGUGAGCAAAUAGGGUGGGCUGGAGUAGGUGCUGGGAGUAUGUUGUGUGCUUGCAACGCGUACAGCCCUGUGCAUGUGCAUGCCGUGGCGGGCAGUGGCGUCAGCAAGUAGUGCUGUGCCGGAGCUGGGACAUAGGCUGGGGGCAACAGCAACCUCACCCCGCACGCUGUAACAAUGGCACAUCCCGUGCGGCAGAAUAUUUAGCUGUGCCGGAGCUGGGACGUAGGCUGGGGCAACAGCAACCUCAACCCGCACGCUGUAACAAUGGCACAUC